GAUUCAUUACAAAGAUCGCCAUACAGCAUCUACAAAGAUAACAAAAAGUAAAAUCAACUGGAACAAAAGAACAGAGUAGACCCAUAUCCAGAGGCUCGAAGGGGGUGCACUCAGCACUCGAACAACCACAAACGCCCCCAAAAUACCACGGCCUUCGGUUGACCGAUCCAUAUGGGACACCCUUCAAUCUACCCUUGAAGAAAUAGCACCAGGCUCCAGGAUGCUGUGCGGUCACUCGAUUUGGCGGCAGAAGACCCUCAAAACCAGCAGGAGAGCCGUAGUGGACGUCAGAUCUGGAAGCCCUCGCGCGCGCCGCCUUAGAUCCGCCGGAGGAGAAAGAAAGCCGUCGAAUCUGCACCAAACAGAACAAAAAAAGAAAAACCCAACGAACCCCUACCAAGAUCAACAGGAAAGAGCCAAGGGUCGUCAGAUCAGAAAAAACAAACUGUACAAGAAACUAAAACUAUACAAAACAACCAGAAAACAAAAAGAGUAAAAAGGGUCACCGGAAAGGGACCCAUAAACCGACAGACCUCGAAGGGUCAUUGGAGGAUGGAGCACAAGCCGGCUCCAGCAUGCUUGAGCGGCCGAGGAUCCCCCAACGGCUCAAGCAUCAAAACGUCGAAAGCUCAAAGGCUUCCGACCAAAAAAACCACCGCGUCGGAGAAGGUAGGCAGAUGCAAGAGAGAAGGGAGAGAAAAGGGGAAAGAAGAAAGAUUCAAUCUGUUUCCUUUGUUGCCUAUGAGGCCUUCACUAAGGAUGCAGAUGUUGAGGGUUAAGGGAUUUUUUUCCCUUUUUAAUUUAUGUGUAUCAUUUUUAAGUCAUCGAAUCUGCACUUGUAUUAAUUUAUAUUGGUAUAUAAAAGAAAUUAAUCUCUUUUGUUUUCUGUAAAUUUAAUAAAAUUACACAAUUUAA